AUGAGAAAAAAUAUUUUCCUGCUGGGGUCCAUUUUGCUAUUCAUUUCCCUCCACUGUGUAUCGCCUGAAAAGUUAGGCCUGAAAAAAAAGCGCAACUCAAUAGAGGGUGACGUUUUAAGCUUGCUGGAGAGGCGGCUAGCAAUUCUGUACAAGUUGAGUGCGUCCGACAAGAGUGAAAUAUUUACCAAAGAAAUUGAGUCGAUAAAAAAACACAUGAACAUGCUGAAGCAACGUGGUUGGGAGAACAUGGAGGGAAACAUCAGCGCAACUUUAAAAAAGGGGCCCAAUAGGGAGAUGGAAAAAUAUGCAGGAAUGGUCGGGGCGGAUAAGGGCAAUUUGAUCGAGAGGGAAAUGGAGUUCUUCGGACAGGAGGAAAUAAAAUUCGAGGGAAGCGUGGACGGUGAGGAGGCAUCCGGAGAUGUUAAACGGGGUCAAGCGGUGGGUAAGGCGGCAAGUAAAGCGAAGAUUAAAGCGGUUGGUAAAAUGGCGGGUAUGGCGGCGAGAAUAGCGGCUGGUAAAGUGGCGGGUUAG